AACAACCUCAACGUGGAGUUAAGCAAUAUUGACUCAUCUUGCCUUUGCUUCGUAUUUCGGCAGCCUAUACGGUAUUUUUUCUCUUUUGUCUCAAAGGUUUUAUGCAACGACGCCCAGGCUCUGGAAAGGCACGCAUCUCCCCUCCCAAUCCACACCGAUUGACGGGCAUGGGCUCAGAUCCUGCUAAAGGCGCUAACAUGUGGAAUCAAAGGCGGCUAGGCGUCAACAAUAGAAUAUGGGCUAUCAUCCUCGGGUUCGUCCUACUCGUCAUGGUAUCGCGGUAUAUAUCCUCUUCAAACCGUACGCGCGCUGGGUCAUUUACGACAGAAGGCCUCGUACCAAAGAAUUACUUGCAUGAUGCAAACUACCUUAUCGGCAAUUCAUCCGAGGCUGCAAACCCAUUUGACUUUUGUCCCGUCUUUGGGCCCAAGGAUGAGAUUGCGAAUAAGUACGGAGUGGUUCCGUUGGCGCAGAGUAGGUUGCAUUUGGGGAGUGGGGGGGAGGCGCUUUUGGGUCAACCUGUGACUAUCAGUGUGCUUGGUGGUUCUGUGUCUGCAUGUCAUGCAGCAGGAGAUGAUCCAUUGUCUUCUACCUGCUAUCCUUCACGCUUUUUCCAGUGGUGGUCGAGCGUUUUCCCUCACCCUGCUUCAGAACUUACCAACGGUGCUAUGAGGCGGACAAACUCAGGGUACUUUGGAUUCUGUAGCUCGCAUCAUAUCCCAGAGAACACCGACUUGGUGAUACUCGAAUUUGACGUCGACGAUGAAGGCACCCGGCGUGCGAUGGAACAAUUCGAGUUGCUGGUUCGCUCAAUAUUGGACCGCCCUGAUCAACCUGCGGUCAUCAUUCUGGGGCAUUUUAGUUCACAAAUACACCAGGCAUAUGGAUUUGCAGGACCUGACCACUGGCACAAUGUUGUCGCACAAUUCUAUGACGUGCCGCAUAUCAGCGUCAAACCCAUACUAUAUCCGUCUUACAUGUCAAACCCCGACCUCAUCAAGCCUUACUUUGCGGACCCCAUCCUUGCGACUCCGACAGGUCAUGAACUUCUCACCGACGUUCUCGUGUCAUACUUCCAAUCUCAGAUAUGUGCCGCGUGGUCAACGGCGGGUGGCCAUUCGUACGAGACCAUUCCUAUCAUGAUGUCACAUGGCUACCUCCCAGGUGCAGAUACGCAUCUCUUUGGUGGUAUCGGCGCAAGGAAAGGUGCUGCGGUGCCUGAACCACCACGUCCUGUAGACGACGGUGCAGAAGCCGCGAAGAGACACGCACUAGCUCUUGCUCAAGCAGAAUCUCAGCCUGUACCCAUCUACCCUGAACUACGAAUUCCACCUGUUCGAAUUAAUACGCGCCCCAGAGAGUCGCGGCCAUUCGAAGAAGUCGCACCGUUUUGCGCAUCUGCUAAUGACCUCGUGAACCCCGUACCUCCGUCGCUUUUCUACGGGUCUGGUUGGGCAGCGGCACAUCCUCCGACAGGGUCCUCUCCUUUGCUUACGACUGGAUAUUAUUGGUAUAGCACGCAGCCCACAAGCAGGUUGCGCGUACCUAUCAAAGUAGGCGCUGGAGAUGUCGGGAUUUAUUACUUGAAGGAGCCUAUAAGCCAGAUUGGGGAGGGAAGUGAGAUUGAAUGUUGGGUGGAUGAUAAUUUUGCAGGUGGGAUGAUUAUAGAGAAUGCAGGAGACGUUAGUGAUGGGGUACCGACUCUUGCGGUGAUUGAUCAAUUUGUCACGAGAGGAUCGCACUUUGUCGACUGUGUAGUACUUGGAGACGAGGGGCAAAGUGUUCCUCCUUUCAAAAUCAUCGGCGUAUUCGCGACGUAGGGUAUCGUCAAAAAUGAGGCAUAACAAUGGACAUACCUAUGGACGCUAAUGCUGAUAUCACCAUGUGGUAACUAUGAGCAGUUACUUAUCAUCGUAGACCUCAAGAUGAUUGUACGCUUGAAUACUGACAAUCCGCUUUCUUUAUAUAUAACUAAGGAA